GACUAAAGAAAACUCUACUACUACAAGUAGGACACCGGCAACACCAAACCCUACACUGGUCAAAGACCAAAAUGAAAAUACGGAUGCCAUAAUUUCACCUCAAAUUCCCUCUACAGAGGAAGGCGGUCUCAAAAGAGAUGAGCCACCCCUACAAAAACCAAUCAGAGAGCGGAGAAGAACAGAAAACACAGGCAGUGUCUAAUAAAAGUGAUUUACAACAGCCUAGCACUGAUAUUAAAAAUGGAGGCACCAAGGAAACCCGGAGUGAAAUCACCGGCACAGAAAUUACAUCUGUAAUAAAUGGAGAUAUACACACUGUGCAGGUGGAAGAUCAGGUUUCUGACUCUUUUAAACAGUCUGGAGAAAAUGCACUUUGCUCUAGCCUUGAAAAUAAAUCUGAAAUAUCAAAAAAGAAGCCCACUUCCUUGUCAUCCAAAGCCUCUGAAACAUGUACUGAGCAAUCUGGCCAGGUCACCACUGAACCAGCCUCAAAAGAUGAUAAAGCUUUCGGUGAUAACGAGAACACAACUUUGUCAAACUCAGCUAAUAAAAAAACUAAUAAUGAAAAGACCACUCUUCCACCAACCUCUACCAAUGUAAUAACCACUCUUGAAAAACCAACAACUGUCGAAAAAAACACAUCUCCACCAGCCUCAACCAAUGAGAAAACCUCCACUUUGCCUACCUCAACUAAAGAAAAUACUACAGGUCUAUCAGCAUCCACCGAUGAUGAUGAAAACAAACCUCAACCAGCCUCAACUGAUGAGACAAUCUCUGUUUUGCCUGCCACAAGUAAUGAACAGUCCACGCCUCCAACAGGAUCAGCUAAUGAACAGACCACGCCUCCAACAGCAUCAGCUAAUGAACAGACCACGCCUCCAACAGCAUCAGCUAAUGAACAGACCACGCCUCCAACAGGAUCAGCUAAUGAACAGACCACGCCUCCAACAGCAUCAGCUAAUGAACAGACCACGCCUCCAACAGCAUCAGCUAAUGAACAGACCACGCCUCCAACAGCAUCAGCUAAUGAACAGACCACGCCUCCAACAGGAUCAGCUAACGAAAAGACCACCAAUCCAACUGGAUCAGCUAAUGAACAGACCACGCCUCCAACAGCAUCAGCUAAUGAACAGACCACGCCUCCAACAGCAUCAGCUAAUGAACAGACCACGCCUCCAACUGGAUCAGCUAAUGAAAAAACCACACCUCCAACAGCAUCAGCCAAUGAAAAGACUACUCCCCCAGCAGAAGCAUCAAAUGAACAGACCACGCCCCUAAGGGGAUCAACUACUGAACUGACCUCGCCUCCAACAGCAUCAGGCAUUGAUUCAGCCACGCCUCUACCAGCACCAACCAUUGAGACAACUUGCACAGUAUCCGAUAAUGUACAAACCAUACCAUCUGCCUCAUUAACCGUUAGGUCUCCCUCCACUUCAUUAGGUAUAGGUGAUGACAAGAACAAAUAUCCAUCAACAUCAACCAUUGAAACAUUAUCUACUUCAUUAGCCUCCAGUGAUGAAAAGAACAAACCUCCACCAGCCUCAUCUAAUGAAAAGGACACAACUCCAUCAGAGUCAACUAGCAAAAUGACAACUAAUGAAAAUACCAUAUCCCCACAAGCCUCAACCAAUGGCACAACCUCCACUUUACCUGCCUCGCCUAAAGAAAAGACUACACCUCCACCAGCAUCAACCACUGAGACACUCUCUGCUACAUUAAGCUCCAGUGACGACAUAAGCAAACUUCAUCCAGCCUCAACUAAUGAGACAGUCUCCGCUUUACCUGACUCAGCUAAUGAUAAGACAGUGCCUUCAACAGCCUCAACUAAUGAAAAGAACACAGCUACAAUAGAGUCAAGUAAUAAAUGGACAACUAAUGAAGAGACCACAUCUCCACAAUCCUCAACCAAUAAGACAACCUCCCAAAAAAAGACUGCUCACCUACCAGCAUCAAUCUCUGAGACAAUCUCUGCUACAUUAAGCUCCAAUGAUGACAAGAACAAACCUUCACCAACCUCAACUAAUGAAAAAACUACAUCUUCAUUAGACUCCAAAGAGAGAACCACACCUCCACCAGCCUCAACUAAUGAUACAAUCUCCACUUUGACUGGCCUGGCUAAUGAAAAGAACACCCCUCCCGCAGCAUUAGCCAAUGAAAAAGCCAAACCUAUACCAGGACCAACUAUUGAGACAACCUCCACAUUAUCUGGCUCAGAUAAUGAAAAGACCACUCCAUCUGCAUCAUCAACCAUUGAGUUUGCCUCCUCUUUAUUAGGCUCAGGUGAUGAUGCGACCAAACCACCAUCAGUCUUAAAUAAUGACAAGACCACACCUCCACAAGCCACAACUAAAGAAAAUGCUGCACCUCUACAAUCUUCAACCAAUCCACCAGUCUCCAUUGAUAUCACUACUAAAAAUGAAAAGACCACACCACUACCAACAUCAUCCCAUUCCCCCCUAACCUCUAUCAAUGGAAAUAAUAUAACUCCACUUCCUUCAUCCAAAGAAAAGACAAUAUCACCACCAGACAAUGAUAGUAGCAAGGCCACACCUUCACCAGAAAAGCCCUUGGGUCCUGAAGUCUCAGCGAAAGAGAUCUUCUCCAUUAAAUCUACAACUCCAUCCACAAGAAAAAAUGAAUUUAUCCUCAAACCCUUUCUCCUUCCACAAAUCCCUGCUGCACCCGGAAGCUCCUCCCAAAGCAGGGACUCUCCAUCUAGCUGGCUCGAUGUGGAUCACCAACGUCCUUUAAGGAAGAAGCUGUUGAUUCCAGAUCCCAAGCUGAGCUCCUCUGCGAGUGAGACCAACCUCCUGAACACAUCGGGAGAGUUUGACCCAGAUGACUUCAUUGCAAAUGUGAAAAGGCUAGCAAUGCCAUUCAAUCUUCCCCUACGCAAACACAAUAAACAUCGUCUGCAAGCACCUCCGUUUGCCAUGCCUGCCAUCAAAGAAGACCACUUUGAGAAACCCUUUGAUCCGGAGGAGUUCCAGUAUGGCUUGAGGCGAAGGAGAGAAUUCAUUUUGGAUUUGCCUUCAAGUUCAAAAUCAAAGAGUCAAGCUGCAGAAGUCAAGGACGCAGAGAUCAAACCAAAACGAGAGAGCAUCCUCACGAGGUCCGUUAUCUUUCAAAGAGCAAGGAAGGGGUCUGAAAAGGUAGAGGAAGAAAAAGUGGAGGGAACAGAUGUAAAUACAACAGAAAAACUGAAGCCAAAAUCUCGUUUGGAGAGAUGCUCUAUCGUCAGCGUUUUACGCAGCCCCAGUAAAGGAAGACGAAUGGAGUUUUUAAGCCCCACUGAGAGUCCUUCAGGUGCGCUGUUAUCACCCAGCGAUGGUCCUGGGUAUACAGCACCUCCAGAAUUACAGCUAGCCCCAACUAUAGAACCAACCAAAUUGGUCCCAAUAGAGGAAACCCUAGUUAAGAAUAACAGCCACGAUACACUGUCUGGUUCUCAGGUUAUUCUAAAAUCUAGCUCGGACAUUGGGCUUGCCAUGACACCUGACCUCAAAACGUCUUCAAGAGACCACACAGUCUCUCUAUUAAAAGACUCUAGUGGUAGCCAAGCUAGUUCCCAGGUUGUACCGACUCCUACGAAAGAUGAACCUACUCUUGCACCUGACUUGAAAGCAAAUUCAGUAGACCCUUCAGUCACCAUGUUUACAGACACUAAUGUUCCUACUCCCCCCAGUGAUUCCCAGACCAGUUCCCAAGUUGUGCUGAAACCUAUGAAAGAUAUUGGACCUACCCUGGCACCUGACUCGAAAACAACUUCAGCAGACCUUCCAAUCACAAUGUUAACAGACACUAAUGCUCCUUCACCUAGUUGUACUCAGUCUGUUUCCCAGGAUGAUGGACUUGCCAUGACACCUGACCUUAAUGCCUCUACUCCUCCCAGUGGUUCCCAGACUGAUUCCCAGGUUGUACUGAAACCCAGUACAGAUGAUGGACCUACACUGACAACUGACUUGAAAAUAACUUCAUUAGACCCUUCAAUCACCACGUUAACAGACGCUAAUACACCUCUGGCGCCUAGUUAUAUACAGUCUGGUUCACAGGAUGAUCUUAAAAUUAUCAAGGAUGAUGGACCUGCAAUGAUACCUGAUCUCACAAAAACUUCAAGAGACCCCACAGUCACUAUGUUUACAGACACUAAUGAAUCACUGCUUCUCAAUUGUACCCAGACUGGUUCUGAUGAUGCCCUGAAAACAGCUACAGUAGAUGUGAAUGCUUCUCCACCAUGUCCUUGCUUUGAUGACAUAAUGUUGCCUUGUUUCCUGGAGAAAUUUCUUCCUGAGGAACCUGAAAACGCUCAACCAUCAAAUAAGAUCAACCCACUGAUGGCUAGAGAAAGUGCCUCAGUUCCUGGUCUAGUGGAUCUGAAUAAGGCUGUUGACGUAGCUGAAGGGAAGAUCCCAGAAGAGACGAUUCCUCCGGCACCUGCAGUUCCAGCGGCUCAGAUCCCUCAAGCUAAACCUCAGCGAAAACUUCCAAAUAUUCCAGCUUCUCGCGGAAUCCACCGGCGUCCUGGAAAGAUUGUGAUAUUUGAGCACCAUCAGUUCAGCGGUCAGUCCUUUGAGUUCUACAGGGAUCAACCUGAUUCCACACACAUCAAACUGUCCAGUGUCAUAUCUGUUAAAGUGGUCAGAGGAUGCUGGAUAUUAUAUGAGAAACCGGGAUUUGAGGGACGAUGCAUCCCUCUGGAAGAGGAAGGAGUUAUAGAACUGCCCAAUCAAUGGACAGAAGAGGGUGAAGAAACAUCUGCCCCUGUGGUCAUUGGCUCAAUUCGACUGGCUGUCAUAGACUACACUCCUCCCCGGAUAGAGCUGUUCACCGAGCCCGCUGGAAUGGGCAGAAGCUCUGAGUUUGUGGAUGAAACUGUGGAAGUGGGCAGUUUUAACCGUCCUCAGAGCACCGGCUCCAUCAAAGUCCACAGUGGCCUGUGGAUGGUUUACAGUGAUCCAGGUUUCCAGGGUCUGCUGGCGGUUCUGGAGGCCGGAGAGUAUCCGUUCCCGGAGGCCUGGGGUUUCCCGUCGCCCGUGGUCGGCUCUCUGAGACCUUUGAGAAUGGGCGCUCUGAAGGUCGAGAAUCCAAACGCAGUCAAGGCCGUGUUGUAUGAGAAGGCCGGUCUGGAGGGCCGAUGCAUGGAGGUUCAGGGAGACGUCUUCUCCUUCACCAGGACAGAAACAGACCCGAGCGACCCGGACGAUCACGGACUGAACUGUGUGGAAUCACUCAAGAUCCUCGGAGGCCUGUGGGUGGGAUACGAUGACGAAGGUUUCGAGGGGCAGCAGUUCGUUCUGGAGGAAGGAGAGUAUUUGGACUGGACAGACUGGGGCGGAACGGGGGAACAACUCCUCUCUCUACGGCCCGUUUUCAUGGAUUUCUCCUCCCCUCAUAUGAAGAUGUUUAGUGAGCCGGACUUCUCAGAGCGCGGCGUCUGCAUGGACCUCCUGGAGCCGAUGGAUAACGCCAUGAACACACGCUACGGCCCGCAGACGCGCUCCAUCGAGGUCCUGGCCGGAGUGUGAGUCACUUUCCUCAUUACAGAGACCAGACGUAAAA